CACUGGGAGCCAUCCAUGCGCUGAUGCUCCGCCACAUGCGCUCAUCACUGUUGGCAACACAAGCCCCGCAUCAGCACAGCAGCAGAGUCACACUCCAGCCGACCGGCAAGAUGGAUGGCCCACAUAAGGACCGCAGAAUGGCUCACUUGUGGAUAUUGACGUUACUGAUAAUCGUUUAACGUCUAGCACUGGAUAGAUAACUCGGUCUUUUUGAACUUUUCUCGCCCCCCUCUCUCUCUUCUGGACACGGAUUGCGGAGCUGGAUCUUAUACCUACAGGCUUUGGAAGAAGGAUUAUAUAUAUUUUUGUGUGUGUGUUCAAUCUCUUUUUACUUUGUUUGGAAUAGAAACGUUUUUUUUUUGUGGGAGGGUGAACUGAUUUCUGGGAUACGAACAUAAAACUCUAAAGGAUGGCCGAUUGGUUCACCGCUAUCAUCGCAAUAGUUAUGAUGUUAUUUACUCAGGUUUUGGGAUCAAGCGUGUUCGAGAUAGAUCUUCACCACUUUCAGAAUACAAAAGCUUUGCUGGCAAACGGACGCGGCUGCGGCUCGGAGGGCUGCAGGACUUAUUUCAGGGUUUGUCUGAAGAACUUCCAGAAGGAGGUGUCUCCUGGAAGGUGCAUAUUCGGCACAGCGAGCACACCUGUCAUGGGCACCGACUCCUUCAGCAUCCAGCCGGACGCGGUCGUGCGCCUGCCGCUCAACUUCACCUGGCCGGGUGCUUUCUCGUUGGUUAUUGAAGCUUGGUAUUCUCCUGCAGCGGAGCAGCCCGGAGAUUCCAGCAACCCCGAAUUAUUGAUCAGCUCCUUCGCCACCCAAAACCAUCUGGGAAUAGGGCCCGAGUGGUUCGAGGAUGUGCAGACAGGGAUGGGGACGCAGACAGAGCUAAGGUACUCAUACCGCAUCGUCUGCAAAGAAAAUUACUACGGGGCCACCUGCUCCAAAAUAUGUGCUCCAAGAGACGACCGUUUUGGCCACUACACCUGCACGUCUGACGGGCAGAUAGACUGUUUGCCGGGAUGGAAGGGAGAAUACUGCCAAGAACCCAUCUGUCUUGAAGGCUGCAAUGAAAGCAACGGGACCUGCAAAAUACCUGGAGAGUGCAUAUGCAGAGAGGGCUGGCAGGGACUCUUUUGUGAUGUGUGUAAACUCCAUCCGUCCUGUAAACACGGUACCUGCGAAGAACCCUAUCAGUGCACCUGCAAAGAGGGCUGGGGAGGCAUCUUUUGUGACCAAGACCUGAACUACUGCACCACUCGCAAACCGUGCGCCAACGGGGCCACAUGCAUGAACACGGGCGAGGGUUCCUACACUUGCGCCUGCCUGCCGGGCUUUGCUGGGAAGAACUGUGACUUGGAGGUCAGGGAGUGUGACAGCAAGCCCUGCCACAACGGAGGCCGCUGCGUGGACUCAGAGACGGGCUACGCGUGCAUAUGCCCAAAUGGGUUUGAAGGGCCACACUGUGAACACCGGAUACUGACUUGUGCUGACAGGCCUUGCUUCCAGGGGGGCAAGUGCAGAGAGAGGGACAACGGGCAAAGUUACAUAUGCGAGUGUCCAGCUGGAUACACUGGACUCAACUGUGAGAAGAAAGUGGAUAAAUGCACCUCGCUGCAGUGUGCCAAUGGUGGACAUUGUGUGGUUCAGGGUAACCUCCGGGUGUGCAGCUGUCGCUCAGGUUUCUCAGGGCUGCGCUGUGAAAUUAACGUUGACGAAUGCGGCAGGAAUCCGUGCGCUAACGGCUCUACCUGCGUAGACCGCAUCAAUGACUACAGCUGCGUCUGCCCGCCGGGGUACACGGGCCGCCACUGCGACAGGCCCACGAACCGCUGCGCCUCGCUGCCCUGCCUCAACGGUGGCACCUGCACCUACGGACCCACGGGCAAGCCCACCUGCAUCUGCGCGGCCCACUACAGCGGCCCCCAGUGCCAGAACGGCACCGAGCGCUCCGCCGACACCCCCAGCCCCAACACCGGCUUGGAGCCCCGCGAAAAGCUGAACCUGGCCGCCAUCGGCUUGGGCGUUGGCCUGGUUACUGUUCUGGUGUUUCUCUGCAUGGCGCUGGUGGUAGUACGCAACAGAAGGAAGCAGAAGGAGAAGGAGCUCGACUCCAAGACGAUAAACAACCUCGCCGGGACGGACUUUCAGAAGGAGAACCUCAUCUCUUCGGUCGAGCUGAAGAACACAAACAAGAAGAUGGGUCUGGAGGUGGACUGUCCCACGGAAAAGUCGAACCAUAAAUACAUCAACAGCUGUCAGCUGGACUAUAAAUCCUCCACGAGGUACAAGGAUGAACUGUCCCUACUGGGCAAAAAUGAAAACUGUGAAAAGACUUUAGAAGACAGAAAGCAAUUGAGUAAAAUGUACAGUGAAUGGCCCGACUGUAGAAUAUCAACAAUAUACUCCUCUAAAGAGUCAGUCUGUCAGUCUGUCUUCGUAAUAGGAGAAGAACAACAAGAAUGCGUCAUUGCAACUGAGGUAUAAUAAUCAGAACGUGUUUCUCAUUGUGAAGAUUGGACCCCUUGCGGACUGUUUACACGUGUGAAGAGACUGGGAUUUAUUUAAAAUGCAAGUUGCUGCUGUUGAAAACUUGAUAACUGGAUGUGUUCCCUGACUAUAACCGGACUAAAGCUAAUAAUCCUUUGAGAAUGUACAGACUGAAGCGAGCGAACCGAGGCUCAUGGAUCUGCCUUUGACCGUUGCCACUCAAACCCUUGCCUGCUUCGUCCAGCGUCGUCACCCCUGGGCGACAAGACGUCCCUCUUUCCGUGCCGAUUAGGACAAGAAGACCGCAGUAGCACGAGUCAGGCUUAUUUUCUAUUCUUCGUGACCUGCACUGUACUAUGCAAACAAAAGGACAUAAAAAAAAAAAACUACUGAAAACGGUUCAUUUGUGAGGGAUAUAUUUGGGAUUUCUGUAAAACAAAUCGGUUUUUAUAAAGAAUGUAUGAUCACAAUAGCCUUAAAUGUGUGUGUGUAUGUAAGAAAACCAUUUUUGCCCUGCCUUAUCUUGAUUUCUUUGCACAGCAUCUUGGAGGUAAAUGAUCAAAAGAUGCACACACACACACACACACACACACACAAAAAAAAGCUAAAACACCAUGCAGGAAAACUCGUAACUGGGCCUUGUCUGUUUUAUGCAAGCUCACCCCAAUAAAGACAAAGACACACGUGAAGUGACUAUCAUACCAAGGACGCCUUCAGUGGAAAUUGCUGAACCAAUAAUGUUAUUAUGUAAGAUUAGUCUUUCAGUAGUAAUUUAAUUAUAUGAAGCACUGAUCUUUUUAUGUUUUCUAAGAUUGUUUUGUAUAUAAUGUAUAUUUAUAUGUCAAGAUUAGAUGUGUUUAAAGUCGACGCCACCAAAAUGGCAAUUUUUUUUAUUAUUAUUAUUGUUUUGGUGUUUUAUUAUUAUUAUUAUAUAUUUUUUAUUUUGCUAUAAAAAAAGACAUGCAGAACACAUAUCUGGUACACUGUUUGUUUGUUACUUGUCAGUGAGUUUUCUUGUGGUUCAAAGUAGACAUUUUAAAUUAAAUCGUCCAUAAGCGC